ACUGGUUGUGUGCGGGAUGAGCGCGGUGCUGCGGGGAGCCCUGCGACGGCUGCAGCCCCCGCGCCGGCCCAGCCCCCUCGGCGCGGCGGCCCUGAGGCCCCUCGGCACCCAGGGGUGGAAAAAAACCUCAUCUCCUUCCUUGGGGAAAGACAGAGCAGACACAGUGAUCAUUGGAGGUGGUUGUGUUGGUGUGAGUCUAGCCUAUCACUUGGCUAAAGCUGGCUUGAAGGAUGUUGUUCUGCUAGAAAAAUCUGAGCUCACUGCAGGAUCUACCUGGCAUGCAGCUGGCUUAACUACUUAUUUUCACCCUGGAAUAAACCUGAAGAAAAUCCAUGCUUACAGCAUCAAGCUCUAUGAGAAACUGGAAGAAGAGACUGGGCAGUCUGUGGGAUUUCAUCAGCCUGGCAGUAUCAGAAUUGCUUCAACCCCUACUAGGGUGGAUGAAUUCAAAUACCAAAUGACUCGUGCUGGUUGGCACCCAACGGAGCAGUACCUAAUCACGCCUGAGAAAGUACAAGAGCUAUUUCCCUUAUUGAACAUGGAUAAGGUUUUAGCUGGCCUGUAUAACCCUGGAGAUGGUCAUAUCGAUCCGUAUUCUCUCACUAUGGCUUUGGCUGCAGGAGCCAGAAAAUAUGGUGCCCAGUUAAAUUAUCCCAUCCAAGUGACUGAUCUUAACUCCCGAUCAGAUGGGACAUGGGAAGUUGAAACUCCACUUGGAAUAAUUCGAGCAAAGAGAAUUGUGAAUACUGCAGGCUUCUGGGCACGUGAUAUAGGCAAGAUGAUUGACCUACCACACCCUCUCAUACCUGUUCAUCAUCAGUAUGUUGUGACAUCAACUAUCCCUGAAGUGAAAGCCCUAAAAACAGAAUUGCCUGUGAUUCGUGACUUAGAAGGAUCAUAUUAUCUAAGGCAAGAAAGAGAUGGUCUUUUAUUUGGUCCAUAUGAAAGCGAGGAGAAAAUGAAGCUGCAGGAUUCAUGGGUAACAAAUGGAGUCCCACCAGGUUUUGGAAAAGAACUUUUCGAGUCUGAUUUAGACAGAAUAAUGGAGCAUAUUGAGGCUGCUAUGGAAAUGGUCCCCGUUUUGAGAAAAGCAGACAUCGUAAACACAAUUGCAGGUCCUAUCACCUAUUCUCCAGACAUUCUUCCUAUGGUGGGACCACAUCAGGGUGUCAGAAAUUACUGGGUAGCUAUUGGUUUCGGGUAUGGCAUUAUACAUGCUGGUGGCAUAGGAAAGUACCUCAGUGACUGGAUCCUUGAGGGGGAACCUCCAUUUGACCUGAUAGAAUUAGAUCCGAACCGCUACGGAAAGUGGACCACCACAGAAUACACAGCAGCUAAAGCAAGAGAAUCUUACGGUUUUAAUAACAUUGUUGGUUACCCUAAAGAAGAAAGAUUUGCUGGGAGACCAACAGAGAGAAUCAGUGGGCUAUAUCAUUUGCUAAAGUCAAGAUGUUCAAUGGGCUUUCAUGCAGGAUGGGAGCAACCUCAUUGGUUCUACAAACCUGGAGAUGAGACUGGAUACAAACCCAGCUUUCGGCGCACAAAUUGGUUUGACCCUGUGGGUCGUGAGUAUAAACAGGUCAUGGAAAAAGUUGGUGUGAUUGACCUGUCGCCAUUUGGCAAGUUUAGAGUAAAAGGCACAGAUUCUGUUAAGCUGCUGGAUCAUCUAUUUGCAAAUGCUGUUCCAAAGGUGGGUUCCACAAAUAUAAGCCAUAUGUUAACGCCAAGAGGAAAAGUUUAUGCUGAGCUAACCGUUUCUCAACUGUAUCCUGGAGAAUUCAUGCUUGUAACUGGGUCAGGGUCAGAACUCCAUGAUCUGAGAUGGAUAGAAGAGAAAGUAACAACAGGUGGAUACAAAGUUGAAAUAGAAAACAUGACAGAUGAGAUGGGGGUACUUGGUGUAGCUGGUCCAUAUGCACGAGAAGUCCUCCAGAAGUUGACAAAUGAGGAUCUGAGUCAUGCUUCCUUUAAGUUUCUCCAGUGUAAACAUCUGAAACUUUCCAAUAUUGCUGUUAUUGCUAUUAGGAUAUCAUACACAGGUGAAUUGGGCUGGGAGCUGUAUCAUAGAAAAGAAGAUUCUGUAGCUCUUUACAGUGCAAUCAUGGAAGCUGGCCAGAAAGAGGGAAUUGAUGACUUUGGAACAUAUGCUCUGAAUGCUUUAAGGCUGGAAAAGGGUUUCCGAGCCUGGGGGGCAGAGAUGAACUGUGACACUAAUCCCUUGGAAGCUGGACUGGAACAUUUUGUAAAGCUAAACAAGCCAGCAGACUUUAUAGGAAAGCAAGCACUGAAGCAGAUUAAAGAAAAAGGGCUCAAACGACGACUGGUAUAUCUCACCCUGGAAACAGAUAAUAUUGAUCCAGAGGGAAAUGAAAGUGUGUGGCACAAUGGCAAGGUUAUUGGCAAUACCACAUCUGGAUGUUUCAGUUAUGGUGCUCAGCAGAGUCUAGCUUUUGCAUAUGUUCCCACAGAACUCAGCAAAGUUGGACAGAAAUUGGAAGUUGAACUUUUAGGUAAAAAUUAUCCAGCAACCAUUAUACAAGAGCCACUGGUGCUAACUGAACCAACAAGAAUACGCCUUCAGAGAAAGGAUGAAAGUCCCAAAAUAUAAACUCAGAUGAGUAUACAGCAAAUCAUGCAAUAGGAAAUAGUGCUAUUAAUAUGGAUGAAAUUAAGAGAAUUGAACUACUGAGAUUUGCUAAUUACUAAGCACAAGAUCCUCAUUGCCAUACAUCAGUGAGAAAUUCAGUGGUCUUACGCUCCUACUUCCUUGUGUGGGCUGUUCACAGUAGAGACCUGAGCAGAGCUGAUGAACCAGUAGCAUUUGUGAGCAGAAGCACUUACUUCCCAGUAGCACUUGUGAGCAGAAAGUGGAAGGAAUGAGUAGGUCAUUGAUUCAGCUUGCUCUGACACUGGCUGGCAGAUCUGCAUUAAUGCAUACAACAAAGGUGCUCUUGAUACUGCCCAAUAGCAAUUUCCUCCUCCUCCUUGACACUCAACAGUUCCGCCUUUGCCUGCCCUCAGGGUAAAGUAGCUUACUCUGGCUUCUUUACUACACGAAUAGCAAACUCAUCAUUAAAAUCGUAUCGCUGGUUCUCAGGAUGCUUCAUAAGGAAUUGAAAUACAUUUCAUUAACCAUUAAAAAUAAUAAAGGCGUUAUUAAAGGCAAA